AUGGGUAUGGGCUAUUAUCUACUAGCUGCGACAGCUGUUGGGGUAGGUGUCUCCCGGCCUCAAUCCUGGCCGCCCAUGUACGGCUCUUUCAUCAAGAAGGGAUAUACCAUGCGCAAUAUCUGGGGAACCUGUUGGCACCAGUUUCUCCGCCGCUAUUUCGAGACCUAUAAUUCGGUAUUACUCAGGGCGCUGAGAGUUCGGAAAGGGACCAUGGUUUCACGCUAUUUGCAGCUCUACAACGGCUUUCUCAUUUCUGCUUUGAUUCAUCAUAUUGGAUCUCUCAACAUAGCUUAUACCCCGAGUGUCAAGUACCAGUUUGUGUUUUUCAUGUCUCAGCCGAUUGCCAUCACAAUUGAGGACUUUGCGAUUUACCUGGGGAAGAAGGCUGGUGUGAAAGAGAGUUGGAAAACGAGAGCACUUGGUUAUACCUGGGUUGGAGCGGUGUUGAGCUUCACGCUGCGCUAUGCCGCCAAGUUCUUUUUCGACAUGAACCUGGGUGCCGUGAGAAACCCGAUUGUGGCCAAGUUUGGCAUCAUGGACCGGGUGUUUGGUUAG